AUGGCUGAAAUAGGAGGCCUUGUUUUGGGCGGAAUCCCUAUUGUGAUUUGGGUCCUUGAAAAAUACCGCGAGCCUUUCGAAACUUUUCAUCGGUAUCACGACACCAUAUCAACCUUCCGCGCUAAUCUGGUAUUGCAAAACCGACACCUUCGGAAAAGCCUGGCAAGCCUUGGUUUGGACGAUAACCCAUCAAUCGAUGAGUUACGCGAAUGCUUCGACAACAAUUUUCCGGAUGAUUCAAAUGAGCUCAUGAUUAUCCCAAGAACCGUGUCCGAUAGAGCUCAAUGGGAAUGGCGCAGAGUGAAACGAAGUCUCAAUUCGAAGAAGCAAACUCAGAUGAUCGACGGUUUGCGGACUGGAAACAAUGACUUAAAAAGGUUUAUCGAGUACUCUGUAAUUCCUACGGAAGACAGCAGUCCCAGAGUCACAAAUUUGAAGCACCAUUUCAAUCCUCGGCGUUGUAGUGCAAUUCGAACACGUCUGGACUCUCUCUACCGAGCACUAGAAGAUGGAUUACACUGUGCUUGUUCACCAUGUCACCAAGCCGCCAUCGAAAUUGAUUGGAAGACUUACGACUCUGACGCCAAUAGGACAUUUGACUUGGCGAUCACAUUUGUACCAAAUUUACAGCCGUUCCAGAAUCCAAGUGCAUGGCAAAAGUUUAGCUCCCGGUCUACAAUUCCAGCCAAAUCCCCGGUUCCGACACCACUUGUCCCCGAUCCAGCUCAUACACCAGGCCAGAGCACAACCUCGACAUGUGUCAGAGUCACGAGUUUGUGCGCCGCAUUGGGCGUAAGCAAUGGUCCAACGACUCUGACAGGAUUCCUCCAAGACCCGACUCAGGGCCAUCCUUUUGGGCGACAAAACCCUUCGCUCAUGUUGACCGCGAAGCAAAGAUACGGCAUUGCUACCGCGAUCACUUGGUCAGUUCUACACAUGAGCGGUAGUCCCUGGAUCGGAACACAAUGGGACCGUCAUCAGGUGAGCAUGUUCCUGGAACAGAGUAAAGCAGGUCGGGAAAUGCUUUCGCAGCACCCGUGUUUAUCGUGCUUUUUCCCCUCGACGGCCGGACUAGUAGAUCCACUCGCCAACGCGUUCGAACACUACGUUCCCAAUAGGUCGGUGUAUACGCUUGGCCUCGUUCUUAUCGAGCUCUGUAUCAACAAGCCCCUUGAGGAGGUUCAAAUAUCCGGGGUGCCAGUUGCGCAUCACAAUGAAUACAAGUCUGCAGUAAAAGCCUUGGAUGAAGUGUACCGCCUUGCAGGAAACUCAUAUGGGUAUGCGGUAGAGCGAUGUAUCAAGUGCUCGUUCCAAGCGCGAGACGCGGAGAAAGACUUUCAAUUUUGCCAGUUCCGGCAGCAGUUCCAUGACACUGUCGUCGCGCCGGUCCAGGCAACUUACCUCAUGUUUCCGGGGUAG